CUCUCCGUCGACGAGCUCAGGUAAGACUUCUUCUCACCUGUAUCUGAAUUGGUUAGCUUACUGCCUUUCUCUUCUCCGAUCCUCCUCUGCCUCUGCUUCUUGUUCUAAGCUCUCUCUCUCUCUCUUGGUGUGCUCCAAAAAAAAAAAAGCUCUUUCUUGAAAUCUAGGAUGAAAGAGAAGGGACAUUACGUGCCGCCGCGUUACAUUCCGUUAAAAGAGUCUGAGGAAGCUGAUACUGCAGAAGAAGUAACCACCACACCAAGUCUUGAAGUUGCUGUCUCUGGAGACACAAGAGAUGGUCCGAAACAGUGGUCGUCUGGCAUAUGCGCUUGCUUCGACGACAUACAGAGCUGUUUCAUAGGUUUGUUCUGUCCAUGUUACGUCUUUGGCAAAAACGCAGAGCUGUUGGGGUCUGGAACAUUUGCAGGACCUUGCUUAACACACUGCGUUUCAUGGGCGUUAGUCAACACCAUUUGCUGCUUUGCAACCAAUGGCGUGUUGCUCGGUCUACCUGGAUGUUUUGUGUCGUGUUAUGCUUGUGGAUACCGGAGAUCGUUAAGAACCAAGUAUAACUUACAGGAGGCUCCAUGUGGGGAUUUUGUAACACACUUCUUCUGUCACUUAUGUGCCAUUUGCCAAGAAUAUAGAGAGAUCCGAGAACGUAGCAGCGGCUCAAAUCCUCCUGACAUCAAGAUGGCUAUUACUAACGCCCCCUUAGCUCAAACCAUGGAAUCAGCUAACUGAUCACUUUCAGUUUCUUUUGUUUCGGGACAUGUUUCUUGUAAUAUUGCAAUGUAUCAAGGUUCUAUAUAAGUUUACUAAAGAUAUAUUAAAAAGUUACAGCAUUCGGAUUCUACA